UUGCAGUUAUCUGCCAAGGAGCAGAGCGUUACGCCACAUAGUUGCUCGCAACUUAACGCUUAGAGAGAACCUUUAUCCACUUUAGGGAAGCCUGGCGAAGCGUCGGCAACCCAAUCGGAAGAUGGCUGCAACACUCCUAAACUCCGGCAGCAUUUGGUUUAAGCUGGCAGCCGUAUCAGGCUGCACGGCUGUCGGCUUGGGCGCAUACGGGUCGCACGGCUUCAAGCCACAGGACCCCUACUACCUUGAGGUGUUCCGGCGGGCCAACCAUUACCACCUACUGCACAGCCUCUUGCUAGCCAUCGCCCCUAGCACCAGGCGGCCGUGGCUGGUGGGCGGCCUGACGCUGGUGGGCGUGACGCUGUUCAGCGGCUCCUGCUACACCGUGGCGCUGCAGCAGGAGCGCACCUGGGCCAAGCUGGCCCCGAUCGGGGGGAUGACGUUGAUGGCCGCAUGGCUGGCGCUCGCAUUCUAAUUCAUCACCAAACUCCUAUCCCCAGUUGCCGUUUUGAGGAGGCUUCCUCGGGGCUUGCCGCCGCACGCGGUCUAGUCUAGGUCCCAAACCGACACGGAAAUCAAUUGUUGUCCACGUAUGAAUACAGUCGUAGUGAUGUGGUGUUCAUGUCGGAGGGGACACAGCCAAGCCGAGCAAUCACAAGCGGCUGAGCGGUCAAUUUCAACCAUGCAAGCGCAACCAAACAUGUAACACGACAAGGCCUAUUAUCUACUGUGCCGACCGCUUGGCGCCUGGGGAGUCUCCCGAGCCGCCGUCGGCUUUCCGCUUGCCGCGGUUGUCCCUGCCGCCGCCACGACCCCCGCGGCCGCCGUCAUUGUUCCACCUGCCGCCGCGCCCUCCCCGGCCGCCUCCAUCGCGUCCACCCCGGCCCCCGCGCCCGCCACGGUCCUGCACGGCACAGAACAAAGCAGCACAGGGGAAGCUCAGAACAGG